CGUCAGUCACCGGAUUCUUUCCUACUACUAGCUAGUUGACUGGCCGAACGGGUUGUUCGCGUUAGCCGUACCGUUCUGCUGAAACAGACAUGGAGUGUUGACGCUUGCUGCGUUUAAAACCAAAUCAAGUCAUUCAUAUAGGAAGACACGCGUUAAUAUUUGCGUCGAGAAUCCGAUAAAAUGAUUUAUACUAGAGAGAAAGCACUGAGCGGGUUUGACUAUGCGUUUCAUGCUGCUGUUCAGUCGGCAGGGGAAGCUGCGUCUCCAGAAGUGGUACACUGCCACGGCUGAGAGGGACAAGAAGAAGAUGGUCAGGGAACUGAUGCAGGUGGUCCUGGCCCGCAAACCCAAAAUGAGCAGCUUCCUGGAGUGGAGGGACCUCAAGAUCGUCUACAAGAGGUAUGCCAGUCUGUAUUUCUGCUGUGCGGUGGAAGAGCAGGACAACGAGCUCAUUACUCUGGAGGUCAUCCACCGCUUCGUAGAGCUGCUGGAUAAGUACUUCGGCAGUGUUUGUGAGCUGGACAUCAUCUUUAACUUUGAGAAGGCCUACUUUAUACUGGAUGAGUUUCUGAUCGGUGGAGAGAUCCAGGACACGUCCAAGAAGAGUGUACUUAAGGCCAUCGAACAGGCCGACCUACUGCAGGAGGAGGAUGAAUCUCCCAGGAGUGUUCUAGAGGAGAUGGGUCUGGCAUAGUGACAGCAGGGUACUCUGCUCACAACACUUUAUCAUUCUACAGUCAAAGACUCUUUGGGUUCCAGGUGCAGGGGGGAGGAAAGGGGGUUUGUGAUGUGGGUGUGUAUGGGGAGGGGGUAAAUGGAGGGGUUUGGGUUAAGUGGGGGGGUCCGAUGAGAUUCACACCUUUGACGUUCUGGUACUACUGAAUUCAAAGCAUUGCUGACAUUAAUUGUAUAUUAUCAUGAUGGUUUAAGGUUGCAAAAUUAACUUUCCCAAAAUUCUCAAGUUUUCCAGAAAUCCUGUAUGGUGGAUUUUGGAUUUGUUGUUAAAUCCUGUCUGAUUCCUGGGGUUAUACAACUAUUUUAGGAUAACCUGGGAAUUUUUGGGAAGUUACCGGAAUAUUGCAACCGUAAUGUAUAUUAGCUCUGUGAAAAUAAUUCCACUUUUGGCUGGAAGAUUUAUCUAUUACUACUGUAAUGUAACCCAGAUUUGGGUUCAAAUAGUAUCUGAAAAUCCUUCAAGUACUUCCCGUGUUUGCUUUGGCCUGCCUGGAGACCAUUCUAUUGGUUCCAUUGUGCCAGGAAGCUUAAUCAAGCUUGACUUUAAGUAUUUGAAAUCGUUUUAGAACCCAGGUCUGAUUUGACCUUUGACAUUUCCCUCAAAAGAGGCAGGUCAGAACACAUCUCAAGCCUUUUUAUAGCUGGGGAUGCAAUUAAACAUCAAAACAUCACUGACCAGAUUACUUUUGAUCAGACUAGGGUUGCGUUGCCAAAUGGCAACCUAUUCCCUAUAUAUAGUGCAUAUGGGCUCUGGUCAAAAGUAGGGCACUACAUAGGGAAUAGGGUGCCAUUUGGGGGACAUGAAUUUGCUUUUAAAUAAAUGGCUGUUUUAAAAUGUUUUGUAUAUGGACCACAUGUUAUGAGAUUAUUAUUAAUAAUAGUAAUAUAAUACGUUUGCUGUUUUUAAGGGAACACAUUGAUUGUCUGCGUUGGUGAGCUUUGUUGACCCUAUAGUAGGAUCUUGUCAGGAAACAAAAAGAAGUAACCUUGACAUUCAUAUAAAGAGGAAGGGAAACAAUCUGAAAAUGAUUCUACCCAAAAUUCCAGUUCCAUCCAGAGUUCCUUUAGAAUUCUAGUUCUGUGUUCUAUUCCGGAACUGUUUCAGACCAUCUCUCUGUCUUGCUCUCUCUCGCCCAGGCUUUCUUGUGUUGAGCAACUAACCUAUGGAGAAGUCUGUGCCGUUUUAGCACUUGUGUGGAUGUGCUAACAUGAAUGUGUUUAAAGGGUGCAACGUGAUGGUAUAUGAUGCUGAUGAUGAUGAUUCAACUUAGUUAAAACGAACACAGGGCAAAAAAUAGUGUCCGUUUGUUUUUGAGCUGCAAUGCAUAAAAAUGUGAACUACUUUAA